UACUCUACGUCUCUACCAAUACCAUACGGUUAUCUGUCUACGGCUCUACCCCUUUAUCUAUCUCUUUGAUCCUUAAAAACAAAACUAACAAAUAGCCCCUUUUCUCAUCUUUGUGGCAGAAACCCUAAACCUCAAGCUUGAGAGUAACAAUGGCGGAAUUUCCACCUGAAAUAAUCACCCUAAUUCUCUCAAAAUUGCCUGCCAAAUCACUUGUCCGCUUCAAAUCCGUCUGCAAACCCUGGAAUUCCUUAAUCAAAAGCUCUAAUUUCGUCAAAAUUCACCUCAAUCGAACCCUAACUUCCGACUGUAAUCGGCAUCUCCUCGUUUCAGUAGGACACUUGUCUCUUCACUCUUCCAAGAUCGAUCAUAACCAACUAUCUUUCUCGGAAAUCCACGACCCUAUCAAACCCCGUCAACUUUUCAAUUUGGUCGGUUCCCGCAACGGCGUCGUUUGCAUUUCAAACAUCUCCAAAACCGAUGUCUUGUUAUUCAAUCCUGUUACAAAAUCGCGUCGUAAGCUUCCUUCCCCUCAAAUCCCAAUUCCCAAACUCAAUAUAACGGUGUUCGGGUUUGGAUACGACAGCAAGAACGACGAUUACAAGGUUUUGAGGAUUGUUCAGGGGCUUGGAAAAAUUGAGGAUUCCAAUAAUAAAGCUCAAGUGUAUAGUCUGAACAGCAAUUCAUGGAGAUGUGUCCAAGGUUUGCCAUACAGUCUUUAUUAUGGUAUUUAUGACGGUGUUCUUUUUAACGAGGCUUUACAUUAUGUCGUUACACAUGAAUCUGAAUCCAUGUUUAUUGCCACUUUUGAUCUUCGGACUGAGGGUUUCUCACGUAUCGAUUACCCGAAUUAUAAAGACAAAUUUCAUAGUGAAUCAGUGUUUACAUUGACAGAAUUAGGUGGGUGUUUGUGUCUGUUUAUUAAUUGUCAUAAAUAUAAAUGUGAUGCUGAUCCUGAUGAAAUGGUCGAAUCUGAAUCUGAUGAUGAUGAGGAUGAUGACUUGGAUGAAUACUUGGAUGCUAGAGUACUUGAACAGUUUGAUUUCUGGGUAAUGAAGGAGUAUGGAAACAAAGAGUCUUGGGUUAAGUUGUUUAGUAUUUGCAAGCCAUGGAUUAUUGGGAGUUCUAAAUUUAUUAGGCCUGUUGUUUACUCCAAAGAUGGGAGAAGAAUUUUGUUAGAGAUAGACAACUCGAGGUAUUGUUGGUACGAUUUGGAGUCCGGAAAUGUUGAAAGAAUCACAGUCAGUGGGCUGCCAAAGGGAAAUUGCUUGACCGGGACUUCUAUGGACAGCCUUGUCUCCCUCGAAGAUAAGAUCCUUUCGGAAAAGGAAACCUUGCCAAGGAAGAACAAGAAAAAAGUUGUUGAUAAUUUUCUGUCUACCGGGUUCAAGCUGAGGUUAUGACCUUAUUGAAGAUGCCACUAAUGGGAGUUUGGUUCAGGAUGUGCAAUCAUGGUGUUCCAGACUAUACGUGGACUGAAUUGGUGAUCGAUACAAGGAUGAAGAUGAUUGGUUUCAAGUUGAUGGUGAAUUUUGCAGUAUCUUUUUUGGUUAGAUUAGUUUAGUUUGUUAUGGCAUUAGUGAAAACUGAAAAGGUCGAACACUUUUUUUUUUUUGGUAAAUAAAGGAUUAUAUUAAAUCCAAAACAGAAGUUUAUUGUAGCUGGUUUGCCCUUGUGGAUUUUCGGUUUUAUUUGGUCUUGCCACUUUAUCUAUUUAAAACAUAAGAUUGUAAGCGAAUAGUUCACUCAUGAAGUUAUGCUUAUGCUAUGAGCUUGGGUA